CCCCUCGCUCGCCGCUUCAGGCCUGGACCGGCGUCCGCGGGCUUCCCGCGCCCAGCGCUAGCCCGCCUCGUCCGCGCACGUAAGGAGCCGCCGCCGGACGCCCGGCGGGUUGUUCUAGUUUCGAGCUGUCAUCCGGGGCUGAAGCUUUGGUCUCCGCCCUGAGAUGUCACCUAGAAACAGCUCUCUCGGUUGCAGUUGUUGUUUAUGAUGAAGCUUCGCGAGGCCUUCUGUGCAGUCCGCGCCCCACAAAGUCUCACUUUUAGAGAGAACAUAAACCGGUAGUUGUGAAAUUGAAAUUUUACAGCCUACCCACAUAAUAAAAGAAAUUUUAAGGAAGACAUUAGAAGAGAUGUCAGAAGAUUCAGAAGAGGAAGACUAUUCAGAUAGAAGUAUCAGUGAUGACGAUGAAUUGGAUGAGGAUUCAUUCAUGAAAUUUGUAAGUGAUGAUAUUCAUCGGUGUACACUACUAGCAGCGGAUUCUAUUGGUGACCCAUUCUUCCCUCGGACUACACAGAUUUUAUUGGAGUAUCAGCUAGGAAGAUGGAUACCACGCCUUCGAGAACCACGAGAUUUGUAUGGUGUCUCAUCUUCUGGUCCACUGAGCCCAACACGGUGGCCAUACCACUGUGAGGUCAUUGAUGAAAAAGUCCAGCAUAUUGACUGGACUCCUUUUGUUCCUGAGCCAGUAUAUGUCCCAACAGGCCUGGAAAUAGAACCUGUUUACCUAAACUCCAAGGAAGAUACUGUGGUUUAUCUAGCUGAAGAUGCUUACAAAGAGCCCUGUUUUGUGUAUUCCCGAGUUGGGGGUAACCGAACAUCCUUGAAACAACCUGUGGAUAACUGUGACAACACGUUGGUGUUUGAAGCAAGGUUUGAGAGUGGUAAUCUACAGAAGGUAGUCAAAGUUGCAGAUUAUGAAUACGAGUUGACUGUGCGCCCAGACCUCUUCACAAAUAAGCACACUCAGUGGUACUAUUUCCAGGUCACUAAUACCCAAGCAGAAAUAGUCUACAGAUUCACUAUUGUCAACUUUACCAAGCCUGCUAGUCUUUAUAAUCGGGGUAUGAGGCCACUGUUCUAUUCUGAAAAAGAGGCCAAAUCUCAUAACAUUGGCUGGCAGAGAAUAGGAGACCAAAUCAAGUAUUAUAAAAAUAACCUUGGGCAAGAUGGGCGCCAUUUUUUUUCUCUUACAUGGACAUUUCAGUUUCCACACAGCAAGGAUACUUGCUACUUUGCUCACUGCUAUCCAUACACUUACUCCAACCUUCAAGAAUACCUUUCUGGCAUCAACAGUGACCCAGUAAGAUCAAAGUUUUGUAAAAUACGUGUCUUGUGUCACACACUUGCUAGGAAUAUGGUGUAUGUCUUGACAAUAACUACUCCCUUGAAGACUAGUGACUCAAAGCGCAAGGCUGUGAUUUUGACUGCAAGGGUGCAUCCAGGAGAAACCAACAGCUCUUGGAUCAUGAAAGGCUUUCUAGAUUAUAUUUUAGGAGACUCAAGUGAUGCACGCUUGCUUCGGGACACUUUCGUCUUCAAGGUGGUACCCAUGCUGAAUCCAGAUGGCGUGAUUGUGGGAAAUUAUCGAUGUUCCUUAGCUGGACGGGAUUUAAACCGUAAUUACACAUCUCUCCUGAAGGAGUCUUUCCCUUCUGUUUGGUAUACAAGGAACAUGAUCAAUAGGUUAAUGGAGAAACGAGAAGUUAUUUUAUAUUGUGAUCUUCAUGGCCAUAGUAGGAAACAGAACAUCUUCAUGUAUGGCUGUGAUGGUAGCAGCAGAUCUAAAACAAAAGGGUUAUACUUACAGCAACGGAUCUUUCCACUCAUGCUGAGCAAAAACUGCCCAAAUAUAUUUUCCUUCCCAGCUUGCAAGUUUAACGUUCAGAAGAGCAAAGAGGGGACAGGAAGGGUUGUAAUGUGGAAGAUGGGCAUCAGGAACAGCUUCACGCUGGAGGCCACCUUCUGCGGAUCUACUCUGGGCAAUAAACGAGGCACUCAUUUCAGCACGAAAGACUUAGAGUCAAUGGGAUACCAUUUUUGUGAUUCUCUAUUGGACUACUGUGAUCCUGACCGGAGCAAAUAUUAUCAGUGCCUGAGAGAAUUAGAAGAAAUGGAAAAACAUAUGAACUUGGAAAGAGCCUUUGAUGAUUCAGAUACUUCUCUAGUAGAAAUUUCUUUGGAUGUAGAGUCUAGUAGUCGAGGCUCUGACAGCUCAGAGUCCAAUGACACUCAGACUUAUCUUCUCAAGGUGACCUCUCAGGCAAGAAACAAGAAAAAGUAUCUGAAAACAAAGAGGGAAAGAAAUGCCAUUCUAGCAAACCGCCAGAAUAGCAUACAUGAGAUUUAUGGCAAAGAACAUUUACUCCAAAGACACGAAGAUUCAAAUUCUGAUGGAAAAGAUCCAAGGGCAAUUGCACCAAAUGUUUUUGUGGCUCGCUGUUUCAGAAGAUCAUUGCCUAACCAAGGUUUGGUGAAAAUUCCUGGACAAAGGUUUUAUCCUCGAAAAACACGGUCCAGCUCCCGACAUAGGAUUAAGAGUCUUAACAAAGACCAUCGGACAUAUAUUUUACAAACUUGUAAGAAUCCAAUCCAGGAAGUUCAGUCUAAAGGAAUCGAUAUAUAUGAAAGUUGUUUCAAAGUGGCAUCCUUGAAAUGUCCUAUGAACAAAAGACCUUCACAUUGGAUUGAGAAGACAAGGAUACCAGCAGAGUCACAUCUCCAAUUGAAAAACAAAGCAAAAAGAUGCACAUCUUUCCAAAGCAAGAGGACUGGCACAAAUUGGACGGAUGAUGAAAAACGAAUUUACAGAGAUAAAAGAAUAGCUCGAACUCAGGAAAUAUUACAGUAUUUACUCCCUAUCGUGGAAUCCUCUAAAAACAUGAAAUCUACUCAAAUGAACAAUCUAGUCAACCCAAGUGCCAACUUCCAACAACAUCAACUUAUUCCAACCGCUUGUAUAAACAGAAGAUACAGCACACCUUGGACACCAACCAGAAAUCUCCCUUUUAAAAUCCAAAGGAAUCUUAUGACAGAUACCUCGGAAUGGCUCCAGUCUAUGCCCCAGGGCUCAUUUGAAAGUUUGUCGCCUCUCUGCAAUCUUCAGAAGAGGACAAAACAUUUUGAACUCUGGGCCAAAAAGGCCGAGGAUGUGCAGCUUGCCACCGGCAGAUGGAAGGCUGCUCCCUCAAGUUCUAAAAUGGAUGAAAAUAUCAUCAGAGGUAACAGUCUUCUUCAACCUAAAGAAUCCACCAUGAGGAGCUCUGAGCAGAGAAUUUCUUAUCUAACCAAAAGCAUCAAGAAACCCAGUGAGAGUGAUGGCCUGCUCACCUUCCAACUGAAGGUCCACAGGAACAGUUAA